AUGCUAGGUCGUUUCAACGCUGAUUCUCAGCGGCCAGGGAAAAAGGAGAGCGUCCCGUGGCUCGUGGUGGCGCGAUCAAGAAAGAAAACACUGUUGAACCGCUUGUACGGGCAGGCGAAUCCAGGCACACUGACGGCUUUCAUGGGGCCAUCAGGAGCCGGAAAAACUACGCUGCUCAACAUACUUUCUGGUCACUAUGACAAGGGUUACAAAGGUGAAGUUCUAGUAAACGGCUACGUGCGAGAGGCGAAGUUAUUCAACCUGCAGAGCUCCUACGUGAUGCAAGAUGACUGUCUUCUCGGAUACCUGACAGUGCGGGAGACCCUCACCAUGAGCGUUGAGCUUCGAACACCAACGUGCGGACGGAGAAAGAUAUCAGAGCUUGUGGAAGACGCCCUAGACUUGUGGGGCUUGCAGGGCUGCGCGAACACACUGGCGAGAUCUCUCUCUGGUGGAGAAAGGAAGCGCCUGAUGAUUGCGCAGGAGCUGAUGAGCGACGUACCAGUGGUUUUUCUCGAUGAACCUACGAGCGGACUCGACAGUUGCUCGGCGCUUCGCUGUGUGCGGGUGCUGAGAACACUUGCCGACAAUGGGCGCACGGUACUGUGCUCGCUGCACAACCCCAGCGCGAGCGUCUUCUCGCAGUUUGACAGGCUAUAUAUGCUUUCCGAUGGAAUGUGCAUUUAUAGUGGCCUCACGGAGCGUCUGGUUCCGUUUCUCAACUCUAUGAAUCUGCACUGCCUGACUUUCAGUAGUCCGUCUGACUUUCUCACAGAAGUUGCCUCUGGCGGCCACGGAGAGCUGACAGUGAAGCUGUCAAGCUUAUUUAUUCCUGAAGGCUGUCCCGUGAGCAGCGAAAAGGAGCGUGAUGAUCAGGGCAUGGUGACCAUCUACGGUGGACGGCUCAUGACCCACAAGGAACGUAAUAAGGAGAGACGACGACACGAAGUUCACGCAAAUGGGACAAAGGCCCUCCAACUAUUUAUGACGCUCAUGAAGAGGUUUUUAUAUUGCCGUAUGAGAGACAAGAUCACAUCUAUUGCUCGAGUGGGUGCGAGCUUGUACUUCGCCUUGCUAGUGAGCGUCGCGUGCUACUGCUCAGGAAACCGGACAGAGCGAGUCCGUGACACAGUUGCCAUGUACUUUGCGAUCCUGUUCAUGCUACUGUUCCAGUCUGUAACUCCCAUUCUGCUGACAUUUCCCUUGGAAAUUAAGGUCCUUCUAAAAGAACAACGAAAUUGCUGCUACAGUACAAGCUUGUACUUCACUGCAAGGAUAAUUGCUGAACUUCCCUUUCACGACGGAGUUAAGGAAUAA